AUGUACAUGACCACGGUCUUUGGGAACCUGCUCAUCAUCCUGGCCACCAUCACUGACUCCCACCUCCACACACCCAUGUACUUCUUCCUCUCCAACCUGUCCUUUACAGACAUCUGUGUAUCUUCCACAACUGUCCCAAAGAUGCUGUUGAACAUCCAGACACAGAACAAUGUUAUAACCUAUGGAGGUUGCAUCACUCAGAUGUACUUUUUCCUAAUCUUUGCAGCAUUGGAUGACUUCCUCCUGGCUGUGAUGGCCUAUGACCGCUUCAUGGCCAUCUGUCACCCCCUGCACUACACGAUCACCAUGAACCUCAGGGUCUGUGUCCUGCUGGUUCUGGGGUCCUGGAUUAUAAUUGUCUUCUUAUUUUACAGUACAAGUCUAGGAGUGUACUUUAGUUCUUUUGCUAUGCAUAGUGCACAUGCUAGUGCACCAGCAUCGGUGAUGUACGCCGUGUUCACACCCAUGUUGAACCCUUUCCUCUACAGUUUGAGGAAUAAAGACAUAAAGGGAGCUCUGAAAAGAUUCUUCAGUGUAAAUUCUUAA